AUUUCGCGCUUUAGCGCCAAUCUUUAACACCAGGCGUCGCGCACGCCAUGAAUAGCAGACGACAAAAGCACAUGUUGCUUCUGGCCGGCAAGAAACAGCAGAUUGGUGUGAACCACAUGUACGAAAACAUACCAUUGCGCAUAAUUAAUAAUUGUAUUUUUAUAUUCUUUGUGCCAAAAUAAAUUAUUGUUUCUUGUGAGUGCGCUGAUUAUUUCCGCCGUUUCCAGCGUCAUAAUCGCCGAUUUCAGUUGUGGGAAUACUAACAGAUAUACGAUCACCAUGGAACCAGCGCCCAACGACAACACGAACAACGCUACUGGAUCUGCCCUACAAGAGAUUCCGGUUCUGUGCAUUACGCCACUCCCCGAAGACCAAGGCGAACCCAGCAGCGCCAUCACUCUCGAGCAACCAUCAAGUGGUCUGGUUGUUUUACGCAAGACAACCUUAGAAACCCUUCUGGCCGAACGUGACAACCUUAAAGAAAAGUUAACUACUAUUCAACAACAAUUGUCUUCUUUUGAAGAAAAAGAAAAACUAAAUUGCGCAACGACCAGCAAGGCCACCGAACAUAAGGAAGAACACUACCAAUUUAUGGCGGAUUUGAACAAGGAACGCUACAACCUAACAAACACGAUCUCAGAACUCCAGAAAGAGAUCACUGAUCUAAAAGUCGAACGCGCCACCAUGAAAAAAGAUCUCGAUUCAUAUGAAGCCGAUUUCAACCGAGUUUGCGACGAUUACUCUUACCAGGAAGACUACAGCCUCCGCCUCAAGAAACUCUUUUACAACACGGUAUCCGAAGUAUGCCAUGCUCUCGCAAAUUUGCGCGAACCGAAGCUGAGACCUAAGGCCCCCGAAGGCUGCCUUAACUGUGGUAUCAGCGGGCAUAGCUUUCGUUCCUGCCAAAGAAAAUAUAACGGACGUUUCUGCCAAACCUGCGCACACCCCGACUUUUCGACCGCAGAAUGUCCUUGGCCUCACUACCCUAAUGGACCCUCUAGCAUUCCCGAGAGCAGCAGAUGUAAAUCGUGCUGGCAAUCAAAGACUACGCCAAACCCGCAUUGCGCUGAGUGCCGUCGAAGAAUGAUAAGAGAAAAUACCAUUAAGCGCAAUAAACUCGACCAAGAAUUAGAAGAUGCAUCAUUCUCACUCCCUUCCACCAGCCAAUCAAUGAAGGAUGGAAGACAAGCAGUUCGCGCCAUCAUCGCUCCCCCAGCUUCUCAAGCCCAGCAUAUAGCCAUUACGUCAGUUGUAACUAACAACUCUAAGAGCGAAUUUUGCGUUCAAUCCGAACCAAAAGCCGAAACUGGAAUGCAGCCUUCUACUCAGCCAGCAAAUCCCAAGACUGCUCUGCAAAAUGCGCAAUCCAACGAAGAGCCAACGGUUUCACAAGACCCAAUAGUUGAACCACUAGUACUCUCACUCCAAGCACAGCCCAGUAAUGUGCAGAACCUGAUCUCCCCAAGGGAAUCGAUCGAUGACAACGUUGCUCUAUGGGAAUCUCUCACGGAAGCGUUUAAAAUUGGACUAAACGAAGACAUCGAAAAAAAUUGAACUCCAGUCCUCCUUGUACAACUAGUUUAGUAACGAUAAACAGUAUUACUUUAAUUUUUUUAAAUUUAGUUUUCUUUUAGUUAAGAACGAUCUCUUGACAACCAAAUAUUAUAAUUAUCACCAAUUUUGUUUUCACUACUAAGUAUUAUUUUGAAAACUAAACUAAGUCAUGAUUACUAUAGUAACUAUUAUUAAACAAAAAAAAAAAGAAUUUUUUUUACCUAUUUUCGUUAGACUUCUAAUAAUAGUCGAAAUUUUUAUAUUUUGUUGCACCGUUGUGCCUUCGCGCCGUUGCGCAGUAAACUAUUAGUAAAAUAAAAAAAAUAUUAGUUUAGUAUUUCAUUUAAUUUCUAACUACCAAAGCUACUUAGAUAUUAGCGCCGUUGCGCAGUAUUAUUCUCAUUAUCUAAAGAUUAUAUAUAUUUUUGUACUACUCAGAUCCUAGCGCCGUUACAAUUGUAAUCAACGACUUCUCAGCGCCAUUAAAACCUUUCGAAUAAAACAAAUCUAAUUGAAAUAUGUUGUUAAACAUAAUUGUAUUAAUUAAUACCCCACAACUGAUUAUUAAGACGAGAAGUGAGAUAUCAGAUAGGUUUUAAUUUCAGAUUCUUUUCCCUCCUUUCAUUCAGUUAUCUUUGCAUCUCAAUUUUUAAUGCUUUGUUUUAUUCCUAAAUCAUUAUGAUAAUUAUUCAAUUCUAACUUAAAAGGAUUAGUCUCUUUUGCAAGCCAAGGAUUAUGGGUUGGAGAGAUUUAGCCAAACGACUCAAUCCUGGGUAGCAACAACGAUUUAAGAAGGGGGAAUUGUAACGUUUUAUCACGUUUCUAUUCUACUAACAAUCCUUGUUGUUACACAGAUUGAAUAAUUCAUAUUAGUACUAUAUAUUUUCAAAUUGUAUUUCGCGCUUUAGCGCCAAACUUUAACACCAGGCGUCGCGCACGCCAUGAAUAGCAGACGACAAAAGCACAUGUUGCUUCUGGCCGGCAAGAAACAGCAGAUUGGUGUGAACCACAUGUACGAAAACAUACCAUUGCGCAUAAUUAAUAAUUGUAUUUUUAUAUUCUUUGUGCCAAAAUAAAUUAUUGUUUCUUGUGAGUGCGCUGAUUAUUUCCGCCGUUUCCAGCGUCAUAAUCGCCGAUUUCAGUUGUGGGAAUAC